AGGAUAUAUGGCACCAGAAUAUGCUCUGUGGGGUUAUCUAACCUAUAAAGCAGAUGUUUACAGCUUUGGAGUUGUGGCAUUAGAAACUGUGAGCGGGAGGCAUAAUAUGAGUUUUGGGCCGGAGAACACCUGUGCAUGUCUUUUGGAUAUGGCAUGUCAUUUGCAACAAAGUGGAGACCUGAUGGAACUAGUGGAUCAAAAGCUGGGGUCUGAAUUUAACACGGUAGAAGCUGAAAGGUUGAUUAAAGUAGCUCUCUUAUGCACUAACGCUUCAUCCUCACUAAGACCGGCCAUGUCUGAAGUGGUGAGCAUGCUGGAGGGAAUGACUGCCAUUCCAGAUGUGAUCCCGGAACCAAGUAGUUAUAGUCAAGAUUUGAGGUUCAAAGCCAUAAGACACCAUAGAAGACUAACAUACAAUCAGAGUGCACAAGAAACUCAGGACAAUCCUUCAACAUCAUCUCGGCCCUUGUCAGUGUCGUCCUCUGCAUCUGUCCGCGAUCUCUAUAGCGUUAACAUUGAGUCCUCUCCAUCUGUCCACGAUCUCUAUAGUGUUAACAUUGAGUCCCAUAUCAGGUCUAGAGCUGCUGAUGACCAUUAUAAAACAAUGGAAAGCCUGAGUUCACAAGAAAGCGAGAUCCAAGUAUCAACAACAACGCCUUCAUGGGUCGGCUAUUCCUCUACAUCGGCCAGUGAUCUUUAUGAUGUUAAUAUAUAGUCCCGUUAAUCUGAAGUUGAGUGAAAAUACCCAUCCAUAUUGUGUUGAUUGAUAUUAUAGAACAGCAACUUACUAGAUUUUUCAUAUCAUAUGUGAAGAUUUUAUAGCAAUUUGGUAGUUUGAAUGUCUGUAUCAAAAGCUCUGUUGGGCACUACCAAAAGAGGAAGGAAAGGAUACAACUAAAAUAGAGAACUUCAUUUUCUUUGUUUGGUUUUGUUGGAGAAUCAUGAGGAAAUGCAAUUCAAUAAAUCCAAAAGGGUGUGUGUGUAGUGUUUAUU